AUGUCGACACCCUCUAAGCGUAGAUUGAUUCGAGACUUCAAGCGAUUGUCUUCUGAUCCUCCUGGUGGUAUAUCUGGAGCGCCCUGUGCAGAUAAUCUGCUCGUGUGGAAUGCUGUGAUUUUUGGACCAUCAGAUACGCCAUUCGAAGAUGGCACCUUCAAGCUUUUGCUCACCUUCGACGAGUCAUACCCCAAUAAGCCACCUUCCGUGAAAUUUUUAAGCAAAAUGUUCCAUCCAAAUGUGUAUGCGAACGGAGAGCUAUGUCUUGAUAUUCUUCAAAAUCGAUGGAGUCCUACUUAUGACGUAGCGGCGAUCCUCACUAGUAUUCAAAGUUUGCUACACGAUCCUAAUCCUAACAGUCCCGCAAAUGCCGAAGCAGCAUCGCUAUAUCGCGAAAAUAUGAAGGAAUAUGUUCGACGCGUAAAGCUCACAGUCGAACAAAGUUGGAUUGACGAGACAGAAGAAGCGCAAGCCUAUGCAGAUGCGGACGCGUAG